AUGGAGGGUGGUAUCUCUCCGCCAAGCGCGGCUCCUGAUGGCCUCUCCUCUCUCCGCCGUCAGGAGGACUUAUCGAUCGAUUUCCACAUACCAGAACCCCUCGGGGCCCAGACCACUCCUCCGCCGGCAACCUCUCCUCCAGUACACAGGAAGCCAUUGCCCGGGAAUGCGUCACCAGUAGUCCUCCAAGAACCGAUUGAUUCUACGCCGUCAUCUCCAUAUCCAGACCGCCUGUCAAGGGAGCAGAGCGCUUCCAGCAGAGCAGCGCCCCCUGCUCUCGACGACCUGGGAAUCCUACUGGAUGAUUCGGUGCCGUAUUUACCCAGGGAUCUUGAUAGGUUUCCUCGCAAGUCAGAGUUCAUCCCGUAUCCUAUAGACACCUCACUCGUGGUUGAAGACGAAGAAGGGUACCAGUUAGCGAAUGGAACGCCGAUUCACUCACGUCUUUCGAGCGAACCUUUCAUACCCGUUCUGAAGUCACCACCUCAGAAUCAUAAGCGGGCGGAUACUACUAUGGCAUUGCACCCUCUCACGAAGAAGCCACCUCCUCUUCGUGUAGACUCUGGGGCGCGCAGUAUGUCGGGCAGCUCCUCGGAUGCAAAACAACCAAAAACUCCCGGGAACAAAAUCACAUCUUUCUUCGGUUGGAAGACGGCUUCAUCUCCGGGAGACGAAUCGGCAGGUACCGAUGACUCUGGCAGAUCACCAGUACCAUCACAAAUGGUCACUUCUUACCCGAAUGGAACCAAGGCUGUUCCUACGGCCAUAGACGUGACCAAGGCCAAUGGACUCCAAACCCCCACCAGGAUGGGUUCCAUUGGGUCUGCGAUGUCAGGGGACCCAGACCUGACCCUGAAAGUGAACCAGCUGGAGGCGGAACUGCGAGAAAUCAGCACAGAACUGGCAGGGUCUAUCCGGCGCGAAAUGGAUCUGGAAGAUCUGGUCGACAGGUUGCAGUCGGAGAUUGGCACGGAUUCGAACCGGCGUACAAGUGACUACUUUUCUGAUUCGGGUGCUGGCUCUGUAAAAUACGGCCCUGACAGCGGGGGCAGACCUGAGGAUAUUGAGAGGAUCAGACGAGCAGCAGAGCAAGAACGGGCUCAACUGAAGGUGGAGCUAUCACAAAAAUGGCAGGAAGAAAGAUCCCGUCGAGCGGCCUUCGAAUCGCACGUUCAGCUGCUGGAAAGCCAAGUACAGCAGUUCCGCCGCGAGAGAGUCGACGCAUCGAACCUUGCAUCCAGAACCAAAGAGCUUGAGCUAGCCCUGGAAGAUACUCGUCGAAAACUUGCCGAGGAACGGCAGUUGAAGGAUAACUUUGAGGAUCUCCUCACAGCAAUGAGGGUCGAACUGGAACAACAUCGAAAUGAAAGAGACCAGCUCAAAGAUGAGGCCAUUCCCCAACUGCAGGCGCGUCUUCGGGAUUCAGCAGGUGCAGCACCCGAUGAGGAAGUCUCUCGUCUACGACAAGAGCUUGAAGCGUUGAGAGCCGAAAAUGCGACAUUGGCACAAAGUAGAUUCAGUUCCAUAGCCGAGGAAGAUGGUGACAUUCCACGAAGAGGCUCUCUGAUUGGCCUGACAAGGUCCAGUUCCCUGGCGAGACGACCAGCAAAGCCCACCGGUUCCCUUUCCAGGUCGAACUCCGUGUCUGGAAAGGACAGGGAGAGUCGUGACUCUUUGGCUGACAGAGUGAAGGAUGUGGAGGCUCAGCGAGAUGCUCUCCAUCAAGCCCUAAAGAGUCUAUUGGAGCGCCAAGCUUACCAGACCAGGGAGAGCGAAAAGCGCAUCAGGAUGCUGGAGAUAGAGCUGGAGCGUGCCCAAGAAUGUGGAACCCCGCGUAGAUUAGGAUAUGAAAGAGAGGUCCGGACUCUUCGAGAAGAAAUCAACCUCCUGAGACAACGAGCAGACGAGGCUUUGGAACAAAAGUGGCAAUGUGAGAAGGGCCUGGGCGGCUUGAAGAUGGACCUUGACCGUGCCGAGCAGGAGACGCAUUCUCUCCGAGUAUUGCUGCAGGAGCAUGAUAUUGCGGUUCCGGAAUAUUUGGCCGGCUCUCGCGAAGAACUUGCCGAUGUACAGGCUACAUCUUCCUCAUUGGAAGCCGCUUACCAGCAACUCCAGGCUGACAGAGAGUACGCUGAAGCCAACGCCCCAGCCUCGCUUGAGGAAGAGCAGAAGCUUGCAGAACAGCUCGCGGCUUCUGUCGAGAGAACCGAAGCACUAGCUAGCCAGGUCCGACAGCAACUGGAAACGAACAACAGAAUGCGAAACCGGCUUGCCGAGGCUAUCAGCAGAGGUGAAAGAGAGCAGAAGCUCUCUGCUGCUCGCAUCAACGACAUGCAGCAGAAACUGAAGGCUCUGGAGGACACAGUGCUUCAAGCUCAGCAGCAAUCAGAGGAAGAAGUCGCGAAGCAUGAGGAAGACAUUAAAUUGCUGAAGGAUAACCACAACGCUCAGCUCCUUCGUGCGAAGAACGGGAUCCGUACCCCAGUUCUGCUCUCGCCGAAGCCUCCUUCCUCGCCAUUCUUUGACGGCCGCUCGCCGCGCCUGGAUCGGACCACAGCCGGUGAAGGUAUGGCCCUGAGCCAAGCCGUCAAGACUGAGGCACUUGAGGCGCGGGUGAAGGAGCUCGAAAAGGCUCUCCGUGAUGCCGAUAUGGAAAUGGAGGAAGUGGUGGGCCGCAUGAACAAGGCGCAGAUCGAGGUCGCGGAAUUGCAGUUUGACAGGGAAAAUGCUCUCCGUGAGACUCGUCGACUUCAGGCGGAAAUCAUGGCCGAGCGCGAGAAGUUCCAGGCUCUGAGGGGCUAA